AUGCGGGAGAAGGACAAAAACAAGGACGGUAUAUAUCGUUCGAAAAGCAAACGUAAAGCACUUGAAGGGCUUGAAGGGCUUCGCAAAAGCAACGGGGAUCUGAUUGAACGAUCAAUCACACCAAACGACCUUUAUAACAGUGGUGGCGUGCUGGCAGGAACUGGGGGCCCCGGAGGGGUGACAGGAGGGACUGGGAAGAGCAGCCGGCCAUCUUCGCCUGUUGCCUCGUCGAUUCUCAAGAAGCGAACGUCGUUUCCGGUUGCGGGGUCUUUUGCUAACAUCUUAAACUUUUCGCCUCACAGAAGGAGACCUAGCUUGCAGACGCGGAGCAGCCACCAUUCGUCAAAAUCCAAUCCGGCGCCGACGUCUGCUGGGCCAACCCCAACAUCAACAUAUCCCCACGCGCCUUCGGCACCGACAUACUCACAUAGCACGAUCAGUAGUGGCAGGUCUAGGAGUGGGAGCGCUCACUCCCCAAGCAUUGGCUCCUUACACAAUACACCACUACAAACGCCGACAACAUCCACUCACAUUAGUAGCUCAAGGACAAUUGCUUCUGAAUCAACUACGACACUAUCCUCGACAGCGUCAUCAUCUUUGUCAUCUAUGAAUCCUUCAUAUGACGGGAACCGGGCUGUCGGUGGUGACAGCCCAACCGUUCCCGGGUAUGGAGGGCUCGAAUCACCACUCUCGACUAGAAGUGAUCCUACGAGGAUGAAAGCUUCAAGGCUCGCCGAGGCAUAUGGAAAUACUGGGUAUGAAGGAAGCUGGGAUAGCGAUCAUGCGUUGGAACUUGAUGAAGAAGAGGAAGAAGAACAAGAUGAACGGACAGGAACUAGGGUGAUACCUGCUUCUAGAAGAAUUAUGACACCUCAAACACCGAUACGAGAAGAAAUUGGUGCAAGUAGCAAUGGCGGCGCUAUGGGUCCCUCGAGCGAAGCGGGAAGGUAUAACACGUUUCGCAGGGGUCUAGGUUUCACAGAACCUGAUCUCAGAAUAAAAAGUCGAUCCAAUUCAGUAGCUUCCUCUAGAGCUGGCGGCGGUCGACUUACACUAGACACAACAGACAAUGAUGGGAGGAGUAUGAAGGGCGUUGGAAAUGUCACACCUAUCAUGGGUCCAGCCAAGGUUAUUAACUCUAAAAAGAUUGUCGAGGGUAAUCUUGACCUCUUACAUACACAUCCUUCGAUAUCCGAAACUACGAUUACAAAAACGGACGGAGAUGGUAUAUCACGUUCUGGGUCCACUUCACCGCGCCCGGACAUUCACUCCAAAACACCUUCGUCUUCGAGGUCUGCUCGUGAUGAUGCUACCUCCUCGAUAUCUUCGACUUCCGCGUCUUUACGGGCUGCCUCCCUAAAUCAGGUAGUAGCGAUAAAACGGCAACGAGAGCUGACUGGCGAAGAAGCGCCCCCAAAGUCAUCAUCCUCCAAUUCGUCCUCCGAGGCGCUCUCUACUAUUUCACGUGGCAAAAGCAGCAAAAGCAUCCGCAACCAUUUAAACAACAAAAUGACUUUAACGUCUUCUCGGGAUGCUAGCAUAGCAGGCCGCAGGCACCCGCCGUCUCUAGAAUUGCCGCUUCCAGAUCCAUUAGCUCCAAGAGUGGAACCCGCGCCCGCUAGUGGGAUGUAUUGGUACAAAGCGUUUUCUCACGGGUUGCCCUCUGUUGCGCUCAGGGCGCAUACCUGCACGUUAAUUGGCAGCUCGAUAUACGUCUUUGGGGGGUGUGAUUCAAAGACCUGCUUUAACGACCUUUAUGUCUUUGACGCCGAUUCAAUGUAUUGGUCUAAACCGGAUGUCUCGGGUGAUAUCCCACCACCGCUCCGGGCUAUGACCACCACUGCUGUCAACAAGAAGCUUAUUAUUUUUGGAGGUGGAGACGGCCCUACAUAUUACAACGAUGUUUAUGUCUUAGAUACUGUCACCCACCGGUACACUAAGCCUAAAAUCUCCGGACAAAUACCUAGCAAAAGGCGAGCCCACACUGCAUGCCUUUAUAAAAAUGGCCUCUACGUAUUUGGUGGUGGAGAUGGCGUCCGUGCACUGAAUGAUGUAUGGAGACUCGAUGUUAGUGAUUUGAGUAAGAUGAGUUGGAAACAAAUAUCAUCUGCGAGCGGUGCCACAACCAUAGGUGGGGCAUCAUCGGCGAGUGCAGCGGGCACGAGAAGUAGCAAAACUACUGCAAGUGCCUCACAGACGAGUUUGCUGUCUGGUUCUGUCGGUGCCACUACACCUACUUCGACCAAGAAUUCCAGCACUGUCGUCAAGAUGAAACCCACUGCGCGGGGCUACCAUACUGCGAAUAUGGUUCAGAAUAAGUUGAUAAUAUUUGGCGGAUCUGAUGGGGUUGACUGCUUCAAAGAUGUUUGGGUAUUCGAUGUGGAUACAUCUGUUUGGAAAAAUGUCGAAAUCAAAACCAGUUAUCCUCGGCUAAGCCAUACAGCUACACUCAUUGGGAGCUAUCUAUUCGUGGUCGGUGGCCAUGAUGGCGUUGAAUAUAGCAAUGAAGUCCUGCUCUUGAACCUCGUUACAAUGCAAUGGGAUAAAAGGAAGGUUUACGGCCUUCCUCCAACAGGCAGAGGUUACCACGGGGCGGCCUUGCAUGAUAGCCGUCUUUUUGUCAUCGGUGGGUUCGAUGGACAUUCUGUCUUUAACGAGACGUAUAUUCUUGAACUUGCAAUUAGUAGCUACUACUCACAGAUAUCCCAUUUUAACAUCGAAGUGUAG